CUGAAGUUCUUCAGCUAGAAGUAAAUUGUCCAGAUAAGGUUAACAUCAGGAAGGAUACUACAAGACACAGUUGGCAAAAAUGAUUCUGAACGUGGAAGAAUUGGUGACCGGAAAGAAAAAUGAUAACAAUGAAUCUGUAAAUUUUGUGACGGACGAAUUUAAAAAUGGCGUAUAUGAAACAGCCAAAACAUUAGAAAAACAAGAUGAUCUCCGGACAACGUCAAAAUAUCUGAUUAACCAGGAGGAGGAGAAACAAGCUAAUGAAAAACUUCUUAAGGCUGAGCUUGUUAAGAAAAAAAUAGACCAAAGACCAAAGCUCGAGAGUUUGGAAGACCUCCAAAAUAUUAUCGAGCUUAAGAAACGAAAAAGAUGCAAGAAAGUAAAGGCGCCUGUGGUUAAAGAACCAGAACCGGAAGUAAUUAUUGAACAUGUGGACGAAGAAACAUUCUUCAAAGCUGCACUGGACAAUAAGAUGACAAUUAUUGAAAAAUACUUGGCAGAUGGUGGGGAUCCAAAUACUUGUGAUGAGUAUCACCGCACCGCUUUGCAUAGAGCUUGCUCUGAAGGACACAUGGCGAUUGUGGAGAAGUUACUUGAAGCUGGAGCAAAUAUUGAGUUUAAAGACAUGCUUGAAUCUACAGCACUCCACUGGACUUGCCGCGGAGGAAGUGUUGAAACUCUAAAAUUCCUGCUUAACAAAGGAGCAAAUAUUAAUGCCAGAGACAAGUUGCUCAGUACGCCCCUCCAUGUUGCAGUUAGAACAGGACAGUAUGACUGUGCAGAGCAUCUCAUUGCUUGUGAAGCAGACUUAAAUGCCAAAGACAGAGAAGGAGAUACCCCAAUGCACGAUGGGGUUAGACUAAAUCGCUACAAAAUGAUGAGACUCUUGAUCAUGUAUGGAGCCAACCUAUCCAUGAAAAAUUGUACAGGAAAGACUCCAAUGGAACUAGUGCUACAGUGGCAGAAUGGUGUAAAAGAGGUCUUCAAUGGUCUUCAGGAUAAGUCGUACAAGAGCACUCACAUAGACAAAUUCUAAAGGAAUGACAAAACACUCUCUCGCAACCAAAAUACUUUAGAGGCAUUGAUGCACCUUUCCUUUUUUUUCUUUGCUUCAUUGUGCAAUUCAGCUUUGAUAAGACUAUUCCAUUUAAUAUUUAUUUUAAAGACAUAAUUUAUUGCACUUAUUUAUUGAUUUUUUUAAAAUGUGUUUGUAUUUAACAUUUGUAAGCAACUCGGUAUUGCAUUAGUGCUUUAUACUAAUUCCAUAAGAUGAACUAGUAUUUUCAGCCAGUGAAAUGUUGAUGGUUAUAUAGCUUUUGUAUAUAUUUGGUUUUAUUUGAACUGAUUAAGGUUGGCAUUGUAGCAGGACCGGUGGAAUUUGAAGGACCAUGCAUGCUGCACGUAACUUGUUCUGAGGCUUAUUUGUGCACUUGCUUAGAUGAAACAAAAAUUGCACACCUAGUGUGAUCAAAACUGAAAAUAGGACAGGCGCUGGGUUCAGCAAUUUCAUCAGCAUUUGCCAUUUCAAGUGAGCAAACCUUACGUGAACACUGCAGUCAGCUAUACCAAUAGCCAGAUGAACUGCAUGGUUCUUUCAUAGCUUUGAGUUCCUGAUGCUACAAUUGCGAUUAACGUAAUGUAUGCAAAGCAUGCCAGAUGAGUCUUUCCUGGCUGUAUGUGCAUUAAGGCAACUUUGCUGUAGAGGAAGGGCCUACUGCUCACUGAAGAGCAAACUGGACUCUGAUCUGGCAAAGUUGCUAGGACACAAAACAAGGGAUUUAAGAAAAAUUGAAGGAUUAAUGAUAAAGUGAAUAAAGCUUGCACAAUGGUUACAGUGUUAUUAGACCAGUUAACC